AUGGUCUUCCUCACCAUUCUUCAAAUUCUUUUUUGGGGAUUGGUGUUUUUUAUGGAACACAGAGUCCAAAUGGUCAAAGCAGAGCAGCCGUCAGUUGCCCCACUUGCUGAGGACCCUGCUUUGCCUCUGAUUCAAGAGCUGCUAGAAGAAGCUCCUGGCAAACAGCAGAUAAAGCCAUGGCCCCAAGGGUAUCCCCUACGGUACAUGCUGAAGUUGUACCAACGUUCAGCUGACCUACAUGGGCACCCAAGGGAGAACCGCACCAUUGGGGCCACGAUGGUGAGGCUGGUGAGACCCUUGGCCAAUGUUGCAAGGCCUCUCAGAGGUCCGUGGCAUAUACAGAACCUGGACUUUCCUCUGGCAUCCAAUCAGGUAGCAUACCAACUAGUCAAAGCCACUGUGAUCUACCGCCAUCGGCUUCACCUAGCUCACUGCCAUCUCUCCUGCCAUGUGGAGCCCUGGAUCCCAAAAUGCCCAGCCAAUCAUUUUCCUUCUUCAGGAACAGGUUCCACAAAGCCUCCCCUCAUGUCUGAAUCCUGGCAAGAAAUGGAUAUCACACACUGUCUUCAGCAAAGGCUCUGGAAUCUCAAGGGACGCCGAUUCCUACGAUUCCGUUUCAUCUGUCACCAACAAAAAGGCAGGGAUAUUCUUGGGUUUCAGUGGCAUAGCACCGCCUCCUUGGACAUUGCUUUCUUGUUACUGUAUUUCAAUGAUACUCAAACUGUUCAGAAGGCUAAAUUACUUCCCAGAGGCCAGCAGGAGUUGGUGGAAAGUGAAUCUUCCCUUUUCUUUCGAAGUGCCCGGCAAGCAUGUGGUGUCACAUCUGAGGUUUCCUGCUCUUCCCAGGAACAGGAUAGGCCUGCAAAUAACCAGUGUUCCCUUCAUCCUUACAAAGUCAGCUUCCGCCAGCUGGGCUGGGAUCACUGGAUCAUUGCUCCCCAUCUCUAUACCCCAAACUACUGUAAAGGAAUCUGUACUGGAGUGUUACCCUAUGGCCUCAACUCCCCCAAUCAUGCCAUCAUCCAGGGCCUUGUCAAUGAAUUGGUGAACCAGAGUGUCCCGCAGCCCUCCUGUGUCCCUUAUAAGUUUCUUCCUAUGAGCAUCCUUCUAGUUGAGGCGAAUGGAAAUAUUUUGUACAAGGAGUAUGAGGGUAUGAUUGCCCAGUCCUGCACCUGCAGGUAA